AUGGAGGAGGAAUAUAGUAUGGACACACAAGACUCUGUAGCGAGUGACACAAAUCGUAAUGAUGGAAAUGAUAGUGAUACGGUGAAAAGUGACUAUGAGUAUGGUUAUGAAGACUUCGAGGAUGAGGAAGGCUUUCGGGGGUCCCAGCGGGGUCGGGGCAAUUUCAGAGGUCGUGGGGGGCGCGGCAUGCCUCCACCUGGCUGGAUGAAUGGACCCCCGCCAAUGCGCUUCAGAGGUAGAGGCUAUGGGCCAGGUGGUCCACCGAUGCGGGGUCGUGGCUUUUUCCGAGGUCGUGGCGGUCCCAGAUUUGGACCCAACGGUGGUCCUAACUUUGACAAUAACUGGGGACCCAUGGGACCCCCUCCACCGGGCAUGAUGGGCCCGCCUCCCUUUGGACCGCCACCACCAGGAAUGAUGCCUCCGGGGGGACCGAUGGGGCCUCCGCCAAACAUGAUGGGGCAGCCUCCACCUUUUGGACCACCAGGAAUGCCACCAAACAUGCCACCGCCAGAAAUAUGGGUGGAAACAAAGUCAGACGAAGGCAAAUCAUACUACUACCACCAACGGACCCGAGAGACGACAUGGACCAGACCACAAGAGGGACCCACUUGCAAAGUCAUUACACAGGCAGAGAUGGAAGCCAUGGUGGCAAGCGGGAUAAAUCCACAAACAAUGGGCAUGAACAAUCCAAUGGGUGGUCCACCGAUGGGCGGGCCGCCCAUGGGCAUGAUGCCCAACGGCAUGAUGGGCGGAAUGAUGCCACCUGGAAUGGGACCACAAGGCGGGGCACCUGCCCCCAACUCUGUCCCGCCGUUUAUGUCGCAUCCCCCGCCAUGGGUGAAGGAAGGUAAUAACCAAAUGAAACCCGAACAAGCCGAACAGCCCGGCAUGGAGAUGGACGAUCUGCCACCCGGAGAGACAGCACAGAGCAGCCAACAAAUGAUGGCAAAUGUUGCCCCAGUGACAACGUCGUCCAACGCUCCGAUGGGCGCCAACAUGGCGUCCGGUCCACCGAUGAACGCUGGUCCUAUGGGUGCACCGAAUAUGGGCCCCGGGCUCCCGAUGGGUGCGGGGCCUCCCGGUGGCACUUGGGGUCCGUGGGGUUGGGGCCCGCCGCCAAUGGUCGCGCAACCGGGAUUCCCCGGACCUUCACCUGAUAAUGGUGCUGGACCGCCCAUGGGCGUUCAACUAGCUCAUGUACCCGGAGACGAGGAUUCACCCAUUUUGUUAGACGGAUCUACACCACCACCGAGCAAGAGAGAACCCACUGUAAUACCACGAGAAUUGGAGGCAGCGGCCGCGGAGUGGACCACCCACAUGUCACCAGAUGGCAGAGCUUAUUACCACCACGCCGGUAGAGCCGAGAGUGUCUGGAUCAAGCCGGAGCCGCUGCAGAGGCUCGAGGAGUUAAGAGCGAAGAUUGCUUUCGAGAAGGGCGAAAGCCUAGACAAGAAGAAGGAACCGAUUAUCCUCGAUGGUGUCAUUGAUGUUGACGAGCACGAAGAAGCGUUAGCAGCGGCGGAGGCGAACGCCGCCGCGGAGAAGGAGCGCGCGGAACGCGAGCGUUUGGACCGUGAGAAAGCGGAGAGGGAGCGAGAGGAGCGCGAAAAGGCAGAGAAGGAGAAAGCCGAGAAAGAGAAGGCGAAGCCGGAUAAGACUAGGCCGGUUACCAGUACGCCCAUCACUGGGACGCCAUGGUGCGUCGUGUGGACGGGUGAUGGCCGCGUGUUCUUCUACAACCCGACAGCGCGUCUAUCGGUGUGGGAGAGGCCGGCGCAACUGCUCGGUCGGAAAGAUGUCGACACGGCUGUGGCACAGCCACCGCACUUGCUUGAGCAGCAGCAACAGCAACCCCGUAAGGAGACAACAACGACACCAGCAGCGAGUGCGAAGAACGCGAAUGGUGAGCUGAAACGCAAUAUUGACUCGGACACAGAUUCCGACAGCGAGGGUGCUAAACGGGCGAAGCAGCAAGUUGAGGUGAUCGGUGUAACGACAAAGAAGGCCAUCGACGCGAACGCGGACGCCGCGGUGGAAGCGGAGAUGAUAGCUGCUCGCAAGCGGGUCGUGCUGCCGUUUGAGCAGCGCGUGACCGCCUUCCUGCAGCUGCUGCGCGAGUCUGACGUGUCCGCCUUCAGCCCCUGGGAGAAGGAGCUGCACAAAAUCGUCUUCGAUGACCGCUAUCUGCUCCUCGAGUCCAAGGAGAGGCGUCAGGUGUUCAACAAGUACGUGCGCGACCGUGCCGAGGAGGAGCGCAAGGAGAAACGCAACAAGCUGCUGGCAAAGAAGAACGCCUUCAAGACCCUCAUGGAGGAAGCCAAGCUCCAUUCCAAGUCGUCGUUCACCGAGUUCUCGACGAAGUACUGCCGUGACGAGCGCUUCCGCGGCAUCGAGAAGCUGCGCGAGCGCGAGACGUACUUCAACGAGCACAUCGCGGAGCUGCGCAAGAAAGAGAAGGAGGAGAAGGAGAAGCGCAGGGAACAGGCGAAACAAGACUUCAUUCAACUCCUCAAGGACAAAAACGCCGACAGACACUCGCGUUGGGUCGAAGUCAAAAAGAAGAUAGACUUGGACGUUCGCUAUAAAGCCGUGGAAAGUAGUUCGCUGAGGGAGGACUACUUCAGGGAGUUUUGCAAGGCGCUGAAAGACGAGAGGAAGAAGGAGAAAGAUGGAAAGGAGAAGGAACGUGAUCGAAGCAGCAGAAAGGACAAGAAAGAGAAGGACCGCGACAAGGACAAAGAGAAAGAGUCGAAGAAAGAGAAGAAGAAGGACAAGAGCGAGAAAUCAGACCCUCCGACGGAAGACGAAAAGAAACAGCCCACCCCACCGCCGGACCAGUGGGCGGAGAUCCUAGGGAUCCCCGGGGAGGAGGACUCCAAAUCCGACCCCUCCUCCAAAUCGUACAAACCGUCUGAGAACAGCGAGACCUCAUCCGAGAACCAGGUGUCGCCCAAAGUGUUGCGGUCCUCGAAAAAAGGCACCCCCACCUCAGAGAAGUCCCCCCUUAAAAUCGCCGAUAGCCCAGCACCCCAAGAAGCGGAAACAAGACUUCAAAUCGCCGGAAACUGA